AUGGAAUUAACGGGAUCGAGUUCAAAAGGACGACUUUUGUUACUUCUGUGUGUUAUUUCUUUCUUCUGUGUCUCCACCGAUGCUGAGGCGAGUUGCAAACUCAAGGCCAAAUUCAACCUGAGUGGUUAUAAAGAUGUUUUGAAGAAGACAGUAGUUGUUGGUGGUAUGUUCCCUGUUCAUCAACGUCUGGCUUCAUCUGACAGCAACACCUCAACUGCUCCAGAGUCUACUGGAUGUGAGGGCUUUAACUUCCGUACUUUCCGCUGGGCUCAAACCAUGCUGUUUGCCAUUAAAGAGAUCAACAAAAGGGUGGACCUGUUACCCAACACUGAUCUGGGUUAUGUCAUCUAUGAUUCCUGCUUCACCAUUUCCAAGGCUGUGGAGGGGACCCUUACCUUCUUGACAGGCCAGGACGAGGCUGUGCCCAACUAUCGCUGUGGGGAUGGGCCCCCUCUUGCUGCUUUGGUGGGGGCUGGAAGCUCUGAUCUGUCCAUCGCCACAGCCAGGAUCCUGGGCCUAUACUAUUUCCCACAAGUAGGUUACGCAUCCUCAUGCUCAGUUCUAGAAAGCAGGUUCCAAUACCCCACCUUUCUUCGCACAAUCCCUAGUGAUGAGCAUCAGUCUGUGGCCAUGGCACAACUCGUGCUUCAUUUUGGCUGGACCUGGGUGGGUACCAUCGCUGCUGAAGACGAUUACGGGAAAUACGGCAUCAAGAGGUUCAAAGAGGUGGUUGAGGAAGCCGGAGUGUGCAUUUCCUUCUCUGAAACCCUCCCCAAGAUCAGCAACCCAGAGGCCAUCCAGGGCAUUGUGAAGAGUGUACUGGAGUCCACUGCUAAAAUCAUUGUUGUGUUCUCCUCUGAUGUGGAUCUGAGCCCCCUUGUGGUAGAACUAUUGAAUCACAACAUCACCAACCGCACCUGGAUCGCCAGUGAGGCCUGGAUCACAUCUGCUGCCAUCUCCCGCCACCCCAACAUUCUGCCUGUCCUGGGAGGCACAUUAGGGUUUGCAGUCAAGCGUGCAGAAAUACCCGGCCUGGAAGACCACCUACUGCGCAUUGAUCCCUAUCAGGACCCUCUGACAGAAGAGUUUUGGGAGACAGCCUUCAACUGUACUCUGGAUUAUGCAAAGGCAAUGAAAAACACCAAAGCAAGACUGAUCAGAGAAACAGGGAAUAUUACGUUGGCUCAUGACAUUGCGAGAAUGGCACCAGAAGGCCUCUGCAAUGGACUUGAGAUUAUAAAGAAGUUAAAUAAUACAUACUCAGAUGUGUCGCAGUUAAGGCUUACAUAUAAUGUGUAUAAGGCUGUAUACGCCGUGGCACAUGCCCUACAUAACCUGGAGCACUGUGAUCCAAAGAACAGCCCUUUUGAGAGCGGCAAAUGUGCUGAUAUUACCAACUUCGAACCUUGGCAGCUGAUGUAUUACCUGAAAAAUCUCAGAUUCAAUGUCCCUCACACUGGGGAAGAGAUUUUCUUCAAUAAUGGCGAUGUGGAUGGCUUUUAUGAAAUCUUAAAUUGGCAGAGUGAUUCAGACGGAGGGAUUAUAUAUAACCACAUUGGUUACUAUAACAGCACAGCGCCCCCAGAUGAGAGGAUGGCAAUCGACAAUGCCUCUAUCAUAUGGAACAAUGAUGUUCUGGAGAUACCGCGCUCUGUGUGCAGUGAGCGGUGCCAGCCUGGCACCAGGAUGGGUAUCCGGCAGGGAGAACCUGUCUGCUGCUUUGACUGCAUCCCCUGUGCAGAUGGCGAGAUCUCUAACACAACAGAUGCAAGAGGUUGUAUCCAGUGCGGUGAGGACUACUGGUCCAAUGCCAAUCAUGAUGAGUGCGUGCCGAAGGCCAUUGAAUUCCUGGACUUUGCCGAACCUCUUGGGAUCACACUGAUCAUAAUAUCUGCUUUUGGGGCUCUUGUGACAAUUGUAGUUGCAAUUGUCUUCUUGAUGCACCUUAACACACCUCUGGUGAAAGUCAAUGACCCACUGCUUAGCUUCACCCUGCUACUGGGUUUGGUGAUCACCUUCCUUUGCUCCAUUGCAUUCCUGGGAGAGCCUAAAAAGUGGUCUUGCAUGACCAGUCAGGUGGCACUGGCUGUGGGUUUUGCUCUAGUCCUCUCCUCACUCAUGGGAAAAUCCGCUCUGCUUAUGCUGAGAGCCAGAGCAGUAAAAGCUGUCAAAACUGCUGCCAAGAAGGCCAAAGCGGCAGCAACAGCCUCUGAGCAGAGCCCUGACACUGCCGUCAUCGCCCCAGCUGUGCCACAGAUGAAUGACGUGGAUCCCAUACAUCCCAGGCACCAGAGAGCGAUAAUGUUCGUGUGCACACUGAUCCAAGUGGUGGGCUGCACCGUGUGGCUGAUUCUGCUUCCCCCACAACCAGUGAAGAAUACAGCUGCCCAGAACAUUAAGAUCAUCCUGGAGUGCGACCCUGGAAACAUCAUCUUCAUCUGCUCCAUCUUUGCUUAUGACAUUCUUUUGGCUCUGCUGACUUUCGCUUUUGCUUUCAUGGCACGAAAGUUAGAAGACCACUUCAGCGAGGGCAAAUGUGUGACCUUUGGCAUGCUGGUCUUUUUCAUCGUUUGGAUCUCAUUCGUGCCAGCCUACCUGAGUACACGGGGGAAAUUCAUGGUGGCGGUGCAAAUCUUUGCGAUUUUGGCCUCCAGCUUCGGUCUGCUGGCAUGUAUCUUCAUCCCGAAGUGCUAUGUUCUGCUUAUCAAGCCAGAGAGGAACAAAGAGGAGAUGAUGAUUCCGAGACCUAAAUCUCGUGACAUGGCCGUCAAUGGAAGCUCUGUAUCUCUCUCCACCGCCAGCAGCACUGCUAAUCACAAUGGAACAACUGUGUCCACUGUGUCUCUAGAUGACUGA